AUGAUUACAGAAGGGCAAAAUUUAAUAACAAUGGAAGAUAUUAAUGCGAAGGAAAUGGAAAAUGAAAACAAGGAAUCUGAUAUAAUUAUUCCAGUUCCAGAUUUAAAUAGUUCAAUGGCCACUAAAGAUAUAAAUGGUGAUCAUGACAUAUCUGAAGGGCAAAAUUUAAUAACAAUGGAAGAUAUUAAUGCGAAGGAAAUGGAAAAUGAAAACAAGGAAUCUGAUAUAAUUAUUCCAGUUCCAGAUUUAAAUAGUUCAAUGGCCACUAAAGAUAUAAAUGGUGAUCAUGACAGAUAA